AGGUCGACCCAAUGAAUGAAUCAUUUUAUUGUUUCUGGCUUGUUAUUCUAAAUCGGUCUACAUUACCUGUGCGAAAUAUUUACGAAAAAUUUGAUAACAUUAUACUACCUAUCUACCAAAUAAAUAAUUAAAAAUCGCGCGCGCUUCAAUCUGUCAUUGUUGUUAUUGUGUUAUAUUGUGAAAAAUACAUAGUAUUAAAACAUGAAUGUAUACGGGCUUGAUGUCGAAAUGGUGACUAUAGAACCAAAUAAUGUGAAAAGUGCUGCUCGAGUUUCCUUAGUUGCUAAAAAUUUACAGUGUGUCUACGAUGUAUUUGUACGGCAACAGUCUAGAGUGAUUGAUUAUAACACGGAAGUCAGUGGAAUAACAAAAGAUAUGUUAAUUAAUGGUCAUUUAAUAGGAAACGUCCGUAGCGAGGUACUCAACAUCUUGAGGAAUUCGAUUGUUGUAGGCCAUUCCAUUCACCAUGAUUUUGAUGCUUUGCUUAUCCGUGAAGAGGAUUUGGCCAGAAUUAAUUGCAUUGUUCGUGAUACAACUGAGUUCAGCAAAUUUGCAAACGUUCGCCGAGACAAGUCGACGCCAUCUUUGAAGGAGCUGGUUAGAAAAUUUCUCAAAAGCAACAUACAGCAAGGAGCCCAUAGCUCUGUGAUCGACGCGAGGGCGGUUGUGCAGCUUUACAACAAGUUUAAAGUUGAAUGGGAGAGAGAGAUUGUUAAGAGUAAUUUAAACCGUCCAAAGCUAUAUUAUUCUUCUAAUUUUUAAAAGUUUCAUGGCUCCAUCGUUCGAUAAAACGAUGAUUUUGCCAACGUCAAGGUUGAGAUUGACACGGAAUAUAAUAUUAAAAGCUAAGACAGGCAGGUAUGCUUUGUAUUGUUAACCGUCAAUGUCAAAUAUUUUUUUAAUUAAAAUCUCUGCUAAUACCUGCAUAUUAUAUAUUUUCGACGCAAAGCAUUUAUAUUCCUAUCUCUUUCAUCGGUAGCCCGACGUCUCUGUUUGCGAGAUACAAUAUUACUUGUUAAACUCCUAAUAAUAUUAUAUAAUUGUGGAAGUCUC